AGGAAUAAACACAAAGACGCCCCAUAGACAGAACUCACCUUUCAGUGGCGUAAAUCGAGAGGAAAUUUGUUAAAAAUUCAGGACACAGCUCCAAAGAAAUUUUUUUACGAAGUCUUCAAGUUUAAAAGCAAAAGCGGAAAACCAUGGAGGAUGAUCUACCUUUCCGAACUGAGUACGCAAAAUCGGAUCGAUCGAGUUGCAACGAAUGCAAAUCAAAGAUUGCUAAUGGUACAUUGCGUCUUGCAGUUGUUUCUCAGGCUGCCACGUUUGAUAGAAAAAUACCUUCUUGGUACCAUUUCGAUUGUUUUUUUGAAAGCCAAAGACCUAAGUCGGCUGGUGACAUUGCGCAUUUUGAUCAACUGCGGUGGAAAGAUCAAGAAAAGAUCAACGAGAAGAUUAGCGAGAAGAUUAACGAUAAAGAAGUCCUAUUAAAAAAAUUGCCCGCUCUCCCUGUUCAGAAACGUAAAAUUGAGGAUACUGUAGACGGGGAUGGGUCUUCUAGUGCCAAAAAAAGAAAAAGAAAAGAAAAUCAAAAUGAACAACAGAGUGAAGAGAUCAAGAAGCGAAACAAAAUCCGAUUCAAAUAUAAGGAUCAGUUGAAAACUUUGACAAAACAGGAACUCCAAGUUAUGUUAGAAUACAAUGAUCAACAAAUUCCUUCAGGGACAUCAGAGAUAUUGGAUCAUCUAUCGGAUGUCAUGACGUUCGGAGCUUUACUUCCGUGCCUUGAAUGCAAAACCGGACAGUUAUAUUAUAAGAGUGGUGUUGGCUAUCAGUGCUCUGAAAACAUCGGUGGCUGGGCGGAGUGUUCUCACAUAACAACUGCACCGGAAAGGAAAGCUUUCAAAGUCCCACCAGAACUCGCCGAAAAAUAUUCAUUCUUGGAAAAGUACAAGUACGUUGCUAGGCAGAGAGUGAUUCCAGCGCUAACCCGAACAAUUCAAAAGGAAACUACUGACGAGGUGAACGUGGAAAUCCAAAAUUCUUCAAACCCACAGAAGCUUAAACUGAAUUUGAAGGGAGGAGGCGUAGUCGAUCCGGGUUCCGGCUUAGCAGAUGAAGCGCAUGUGCUCAAAACAAAAGAUUGUUUGUACAGCGUUGUACUUGGAAUUGUUGAUAUCCAGAAAGGACGUAAUUCGUACUACAAGCUACAAGUUCUUGAACAUGAUGAAGGAAACAAGUGGUAUGUUUUCCGUUCGUGGGGUAGAGUUGGUACACUCAUCGGAAAUACCAAGUUGACCGAAAUGGAGAGCAAACAAGAAGCCAUAGAGGAUUUUGUUGCAUUGUACGAAGAGAAAACGGGAAAUUCAUGGAAAAAUCGCCAUAAUUUCGAGAAACAGCCUGGAAAAUUAUAUCCUCUCCAUAUUGAUUAUGGAGAAGUAGAAACUACAGCCAAUUCGACAUCGAAGCUUCAGAAGUCUGUGCAAGACUUGAUCUGCAUGUUGUUUGAUGAAGAAGCCAUGAAACGAACACUGAUCGAGUUCGAAUUGGAUUUAACUAAAAUGCCCCUCGGCAAAUUGAGUAAAAAGCAGCUUGAAAAGGCUUACGGGAUCCUCAGUCAAGCACAGGAGUUGCUGGACUCAAAGGAAGUUUCGAAAACUAAAUUGGUCGAUGUAUCAAACCAAUUCUACACUCUUAUUCCGCACGAUUUUGGCAGGAAGACUCCACCUGUUCUUGAUAAUUGUGAAAUUAUCAAGUCCAAACUAGACAUGCUUGAGAGCUUGAUGGAAAUUGAAGUGGCCUUCAACUUAUUGAAAACCGGUGAUGCCGUCAAGGACAAGAAUCCUAUUGAUGCGCAUUACGAAAAGCUUAACACUGAAAUUGAAGUUUUGGAUAAAUCUUCCGAAGAAUUUAAACUUAUCGAAACAUAUGCAAAGAACACGCAUGGUGCAACUCAUACUCGGUAUACCCUCGAAGUGGAAGAAGUGUUUAAAGUUGUACGGAAGGAUGAAUCAGAAAGAUUCCAACCGUUCUCGAAAUGGCACAACCGUAGGCUUUUGUGGCAUGGUUCUCGCCUAGCCAACGUGGUCGGCAUCUUGUCGCAUGGAUUGCGCAUUGCCCCACCUGAGGCUGAUGUUUCAGGUUACAUGUUCGGCAAAGGUAUUUAUUUUGCCGAUAUGGUGUCAAAGUCGGCCAACUAUUGCUUCACCUCAAAAAGCAAUCCUGUUGGUCUGUUGCUUCUCUGUGACGUAGCUCUUGGCAAAUGUGACGAACGCAGAAAAGCCUGCAACAUUAAAAAACUAGAGGAGGGAUAUCAAAGUGUUCUUGGAGUUGGCAAAACUGAACCUAACCCAGAAGAAUCUAAGAUGAUGGGCGACGUCAAGGUACCGCUCGGUAAGCCAAUCCCCACGAAAGUUAAAAAUACGUCAUUACUCUACAACGAAUACAUCGUCUAUGAUGUUGCACAGGUGAACAUCAAAUAUCUUGUGAAAACGAAAUUUCAUUACAAGUAGGGAACUACUUAUUGACGUUUUACAGUUUUUUUCAAAACAAAGAUAUGACAUCGCAUUUUAUGUUAACCAAUGAUCGAAACACUUACCUGAGUUCCUUUCUUCCUUUUUUUUUUUACUUCAAGUUAUUGUUUCUGCACCCUUACCCCAAAGUUAAACAAGUUAUUGACAGCAUGCGUCUUUGGAACGAUAGAUCUAAUUCCUAUUUAAAGGAUUUUGUAUAAAGCGGAACUGUGCCAAUGACAUGAGUCAUUCGCUCAUGUCUUCACUUCUCGUCCAUUGAUGCGAAUAUAACAA